AGGGUUUCUGUCAACUACGAACUGCCGAUGGAAAAGGUUCUCGAGUACUUGUAAUAACGCUUGGAACUCACCUGCACGCGAGUGCACGGUGUCACGCAUGUACGUAGGCAUCGACGCCGCACGCGAGUUCCCCUCGGAGUCAGAAAGUGGAUGGGGUGGGAUGCAUGAGAACAAAUUUGUGACGCGUCAUUUUUGGGUGAAAUCAUUUUUGUUGGUCCUGUGGAGAAUUCUUACAAGAUAAGAAGCGAGAUAAGAAUUCGCGGCAAAAAAGUUUUGAAAUCGAGGGACUCGCGAUGCAAUGAGACUCGACAAAGUCGAUGAACCGUCGUGUGAUUGAGAGUGACAGUGCGCUCACGAGGAUACGCAUGAGGAUUCACCAGUGAUAGGAUACAGUGACGAUAGCCAAUCUGCUGAAAAGUGCGCUCCUGUUGUUGUCCGGAUCGAUAGAAUAAUUCAGUGCAACGCAAAGAAUCAUGUUCGCUGGUGCAGAAAAGCACCGCGGCGAAAGAAGGUAGGGGUGGACAGUCGCGAUCGCGGCACGUGGCCUGGGGCGAAAGUGUCACGUGGAUGGUGGUGCAUCUCGUUCGAACUCGUCGCGCCCGGAACGCCGCAUUCCCGCGAGGAGUCGGAAAGAUCGCAAAAAGUACCGAAUUACGAGAAACACUGACACAACGCUGGGAAAAGAACCGCGCGACAAAGAGAGAGAGUGCAUAAAACUGCGAGAUAAAAAAUGCACACUCGCUGAUUCCUGACAAUCCGUUUUUUCUGUCCGCCGUGUAACGGAAUAAGGGCGGAAAAUAAAGUGUAGAUCAGGCGCGCGGCGGACGAUCGCGAGCGCCGGAUGAAAUUUGCGAGUGAGGAGUUUCGCGCCGCUGCGCUCGUGAGGCAACGCGGCUUUCGCUUUGAUACAACUAACGAACCGCGGCCGGAAGAGGAGUCAGUUCAUCAACGAUGACGAGUCUUUGGUGAAGUGAAAACAUUCCGUUUGUUCUCCGAGCGCAUUCUCCAGCCAACUUCCGAGAGGAGGGCCCGGUGCGAAACUCGGCUGCUCGAGGCUCCUCGCGUCGGCUUUCGCGUCGCUGUGAGUAAUUAUCCCGCGCUAAUUAACAGAGAUCACGGGAAACGACGAAGACGGCGCUAAUGCCAUUCGCGUCACGGGGAGAAGACGUCGCGUCAUGCGUGAAGAAAAGAUAAGCGUCGUGAGGAGGCGAUCCGUUUGAUACACGAGUGCUCGCGGUGUGGCGCACACCUGGACAAGGUGUGCAAAACAGAAAGAAACGGGGGAGACGUCGAGGCUACUCGCAUAAAAAGUUAGCGAGCGCACCCGAGGGAGAGAGUUCGGAGGAAGUUGCGGAGAGGACGAGAAACGUUGCAGGACAACGAGGAAAGCGACGCUCGUCGUCUAACAACUGACGAUAAAAGGAAGACCGUUAAGCCUGGAAAGACCCCUGCGGAAUGACCGAAGUAAGCCGGAGUAACGACGAAACUAUCCUCGCACGACUACAGGAAAGCUGAGCGUAGUUAUCGCGCUGGCCUAAAAAAACACGUGGCGACGUCGAAAAACAUCCCCGCCCGCGCGAGCAAUCAAGGGAAUCUUCUUCCCCCUCGUUGAUCAAAUAAAUCGCCGGAUAAGUAUCGUCAGGAUAAAAAGCCCGGCGUGAUAGAUUCAAUUUUGAUUGGGCUCGCGGGGGGGUGCGGAUCGCUGCGAUACAACAGCUGCUGCCCGCGGGGUGCCGCGGCCAAUCUUUACCGUAUCCGCGAGUUUCCCAAGGAGCGAAAUAAGGAAAGGCGCUACAUUUCGUAGCGCGAAAAUAAAUCACGACGAGAGCGCCGACAGAGAUUCCGCUCGUUCCAUUAAAUCCGAACGCAAGAUGGAGUUUCUUUUUUCACGCUAAAACGACGCGAUCGGUAUUCGAGAUCUUUUUGAGAAGCUCAGGACUCCGGGAGGAAUCCCCCCAGAGGAUCAAGAAAAAGGGAACGUAGCAGAAACAUCACGGCGACGACAAAUCGGCGUACGCGAAGGAAUCCCGGUUCGGGGGAAUCGCGGCAACGCGACUUCCGUCCGUGCGCAGACGUCCGGCUGUUUCUAAAGUACCGCAGAAGCGAAAAGAAGAACGGAAGUGUCUCUCUGUGCGAUCUUUGCGGACUGUCAUCCCGGAAACGUGCAGAUCGAAGGGGGUCGAGGCGGCGGCGGCAGCAGCGGACACGAUUAAGUGAAAAUUCCCGACGGCGCAAAUUCUCGAGCGACUCUCUUUCCUUCUCCCAUGUAGAAACGGCUCCACGGUAGAAACGGCUGCGAUUAUCCGCCCACCGCGCAAAUGUCAAGUGAACGAUGAAGUACUCGACAGCGUAGACGACGAAGAAGCGGCGCACCACUCGCACGCAGCCGGCGAAUUGUACUCCAGGUGCGGCAAGUGUCCGACUAAAAUGCAGCUCGUACUACUGUCGCUCGUGCUCUGCGCUUCCUUGAUGACAGGUAACGGGUUGCAGAUUCAAACGCUGGAAGUACCCAACAUUGCUGAUCCGAGAUGGGAAAAGGUGACGCUCAGGUGCAAAUACGAUCUCGGUGGCAAAGAUCUCUACUCGGUGACAUGGUACAAAGACGGCAUCGAGUUCUUCAAGUUCAUGCCCGGCUCGCCUGGACGAGAGUACUACGUCGACGGGGUGCAUGUCGACAUCAGUCACAGUGAUCACGAGAAAGUGACACUUCUCGGCCCGAACACGCGAAAAGGUAAGGCCAAUCUGGCGGGCUCUUACGGCUGCGAGGUGUCAUCCGAAGGACCGAAUUUCCAGACGGACUAUAGGGUGGCGAACAUGAGCGUAGCAGUGCCUCCCAAGGGGCCGCCGAUACUCGACGGGGUGCGACCUUCUUACGAAGUCGGGGAGAUCCUCGAAGCGGAGUGCACGUCGGGGUUGAGUUACCCCCCGGCAGUUUUAACGUUCAUCUUGAACGGUAAAGAGGUGAACAGAGCUUUAACCAAGGACUUGCAGGCUGGCUAUAUAGACGGAAGCGUGAUAUCCUCGACGCGAUUGGGAUUGACAGUGCGCCUGGAACGAUACCAUUUUCCCGGCGGCAGUCUGAGUCUGGUCUGUCGAUCGACACUGCCAGGAAUCGCCAACAGUAUGGCCCAGGAGACAUCCAGAAUCGCGACUCUCGCCGCCAGCAACCAACGUCUCGCUCAAGAACCACCCAAAUCGGGCUCGAGGUCAAAGUUCGAGUCCUAUCCGGCUCUGAUCUGUUGGCUGGUGCUCAUGAUUCACGCGAUUCACGAAUCUCUGCGUGUUUAACGUUGCUCCUUCGAAUGCAAUUGGCCAAGCCAAUGUUUUCCAGAAGGAGAGAAACGAAAAAAUCUACAAAAUGCUGUUUAGUGCAUACGUCUCUGCUCGGUUCCCGUGAUAUCGGGAAAAUGUCGCAUAUCGUCAUCAGCUUCUGUCUACGUGUUAAUCGACGUCGAUCGCGAUGUCGGCGGAUGCACGUAGUCUCCAGGGCGCAACCCCGAUGAGCGCGAUACACGUUCAUCCGGCGUCCUGAAUCCUUCGCGCGUCCCGUACACGUUCACUCGCAUGUAUACACAGUGUUAGAACACCCCGUAUAUCGUGUAGCGGACAACCUCGGAGGUACGACGAUAGCAAUACACCACUACGUAAAGUAGGUCGGAAACGCGGACGCAGCGGCGUUGUACAUAGUGUAUAAUUGUGAAUUAGUAUUACAAAUUAUAUCGUGUAUAAUUUUAACUGGAUGGACUGGGGGGAAGGGAGAGGGUGGAGGCGGAAGAAGACGAUGGAGAACAUACAAUGAAAGUAACGUAUUCGUGCGUCUGCAGGGACGCGCAAGGAAUCACGAGCAAUUAUUCUGUGCGAAGGGGGGAAAGUGACGCGGUUGAAGUAUCGCGUUCGAGAGGGCACCUAUCAUUCGUCUCGAGACCAGAAGCAUAGUUUAAUAAAAAUAUAAAUGUACGCGAGCCCUAAACGCGGCUCGACUUCGACGUAUAGCGUAAUGUGUGGUUAACUCGAUUAUAUUUUCCACAUUUCUGAUCUUCCUCGACGGCGUGCAAAGUUCCACGUGUGAUGUAAGGGAUGUGACGCUUUUGUUUCACUGUACUUUUACAUGAUCCAAGUCUCGUCGUUAUCAUCGAACUGAUUGCAGUAAUAAAAACAUGGUUUAAUCAA